GUCUCAAAAUUAAAUAAACAUGUUUCACCCCUCUGCCUAUUCUCUUGUAUGUAGGUGUAGUUAUUAAACAAAAGUACAUACUUAUUAAGACUAUCGCAAGGUGUAUUAGGUAUAGGUAGGUACUACAAAAUUGUUUGCACAUUUAUCUAUCGAUAUCCCGAUAAUUUUCUGUCCUAUUCAAUAAACACUUGAAAUAGAUAAUGCAAAUGGGUAAAUCAGACCAACCUUGGUAACUCUGAGUAGGUAAUACUUAAUUAUAAUAUUGUAACAGCACUUGCGUUUGUUACUAUCAUUUCUAGUAAAAACGUUACAGUGUGAACUUGUGAAGUGACUAUCAUGAUUGCCUUUAGUACGUUUCUUGUAAUACUCUCUUCCGUAAUAACAUUAAUUUAUCUAUUUGUGCGGCAUAAAUUCAGCUACUGGAAGAAUAAAAAUGUUCCAUAUCCAAAGCCACAUUUUCUUCUGGGGAACUACGCUGAGUAUAUCUUACUGAAACAAUCUUUAAACGAGAAAUCUGUGGAUAUUUGUAAACAGUUCCCGAAUGAGCCCAUCAUUGGCACGUACUUUGGUUUAGAACCCAAGCUAAUAGUACAAGACCCUGAACUGAUUAAACUCAUUUUCACAAAGGAUUUCUACUACUUUAGUAGCAGGGAGCUUUCGACACACGGACACAAAGAAACUGCUACAAAAAACAUGUUUUUUGCCUACGGGGAUGAGUGGAAGGUGUUACGACAAAACAUGACGCCUUUAUUCUCCUCUGCAAAAAUGAAAAACAUGUUUCAUUUGGUCCAAAGCUGCACGAAACAAUUCGAAAAGUUACUAGACGAAGAAACUAAAGUGUCCAACGAAAUAGAAAUCAGGACACUAAUGGCUCGCUUUACAAUGGACUGCAUCUGUUCAUGUGCAUUCGGAGUGGACGCCGAGGUGAUGGGGAAGGAGAUCAGCAACAACCCCUUCAGGAAGAUAGCUGAUGUCAUACACGACGUGUCCGACUACAGAGGCUUUACCAUCGUGGCAAGAAUUCUAUGGCCAACGCUAUUUUACGGGCUAGGCUUUAAAUUAAUACCAGAAGAGUCCAGCCAAUUUUUCGACACACUCCUACGCAACGUGUUUGAAACGCGCAACGGAGUACCGUCACCGAGGCAGGAUUUUGUCGAUUUGUUUAUGACCCUAAAGAACAAUAAAUACAUCACAGGCGAUGCUAUUAAAAACCUAAUAGAAACUGGCGCAAAUACGAAAGCAUCCCUAGAAGCUGAUGACAGCUUGCUAGUGUCGCAGUGCUUCAUGAUUUUUGCUGCUGGAUUUGACACCUCGUCGAGUACUGCUGCUUUCACUUUGUAUGAGAUAGCCAAGCAUCCUGACGUACAGGAGAAGGUGCAUGCUGAGGUAGACGCCUACUGGCAGGCCAACAAUGGACAAAUCAACUACGAAUGCGUCAACCAACUGCCAUACCUUUAUCAGUGCAUAGAAGAAGCUCUGCGUCUGUACCCAGUGCUGGGCAUCAGCACACGAGAAAUGUACGACAACUACACACUACCUAAUGGGGUGACACUAGAAAAAGGAACGGGCAUUUAUAUACCAGUGUAUCAUCUUCAACGUGAUCCCAAGUACUUCCCGGAACCGGAAAAGUUCAGACCUGAAAGAUUUUCUCCGGAAGAGAGGUCAAAUAUUACGCCGUAUACAUACAUCCCUUUUGGGGAAGGACCCAGGAUAUGUAUAGGCAUGCGGUUCGCGAAGAUGCUCAUGAUGCCGGGCCUCGUGACCAUCUUCAGCAAGUACCGGGUGGAGCUAGCCGCGGGCACCCUGACCACGCCCACGCUGGAGCCCAAGUCCAUAGCCACGAGCUUCAGGGGAGGUGUUCAUCUUAAGCUUACUAAACUAAAGCCCACUUACAACUACACCUACAACGGCCGUGGCGAACUAUUCUGCAAUCCUUGUAACCAGAAGUUUACCACGAAGAAGGGUUUCUCGAGUCACAUCCGCGCCCACCGCCGCAGAAGUCCUACUAGCCCCUGAGGUCGCCGUCAUCGGAUCACGAUGAGAAGGACAUCAAAUGCCGAAAUCAGAGGAUAGGGUAUGGAAACGUACCUUAGUAUCUAAUUAUGAAAAUUUUAUAUAUUAAAUUACCUAUUA